AUGCUUUAUGAUAGUAAUUUAAAUAAUAAUGCUGAAAUUAUACAAGAUGAUGAUAAUAUUUUACAAGAUAUGAGUUUUGAAGAAAUAGUUGAAAUUAAGGAAGAAAAUUCUAAUGAAAUUUUAGAUCAAGAUUUAAAUUUUCUAUUUAAAGUAGUAGAAGAUAAAUCUUUUAAUAUAAUGAUUCAAAAAUUAGAUUCACUAUUUCAAAUUCCUGUUUAUAAAACUAUUCAAACUUUAAUUAUUAAACAAUUUACUGAACAAAGAAUUUUAGUAAAAAAUUAUAUUACUAAAUUUUCAUUCAAAAUUGCUCUUACUACUGAUCUUUGA